GCCCAUAGACAGAGGAACAGCAGAGGGACACAGCGAGCCUGUGCAUGUAAACAUAGUGAUGUCGGACUCUCCGGAUUCCCGCAGCCUACUCUCUGCUUCAUCACAGCUCAACCUGAUGGAGAUUGACGCAAUUGAUGAUAAGGAAUUUGACAUUCCCCAAGUUGACACACCUCCCACACUGGAGAGCAUCCUUAAUGAGCUGGAGGAUGAGGAGGAACCAUUUGUAUUAGAGGAUACCUGCGUGCUAAACACAGAUAACAUGGAUGCUCACUCCUGUGACACCUCCUCUCUGGCCAGCUCAGACAGUGGAGACCCAGCACAUCUUAAACGAAGGAGGAGGACAAUGGAUCUGAAUGCGACGGUUCAUGGGUCUGUUCUUCGACACAGCCUGCUGAAGGGCAUUUCUGCACAGAUUGUCUCUGCUGCUGACAAAGUGGAUGCUGGACUGCCAACUGCUAUAACCGUGGCUGGUGUGAUUGCUGUAGGAACGUCUCAUGGUCUGGCUCUGGUCUUUGGAAAAGAUACCAAUCAGGCUCUGCGGCUCUGUCUGGGUACCAAGGCAACUGGGGCAGAGUUUGGAGCGGUCUCUGCCCUGAGCAUCAACCACGAUUGCUCAAGACUUCUCUGCGGGUUUGCCAAAGGACAGAUUACAAUGUGGGAUCUAGCCAGCGGGAAGCUCCUGAGAACAAUCACUGAUGCCCACCCUCCAGGGACAGCUAUACUACAUGUGAAGUUCACAGAUGAUCCAACUCUUGCAGUGUGCAAUGACAGUGGAGGAUCAGUUUUUGAGCUGGCUUUCAGGAGGGUGAUGGGGAUGCGGUCAUGUGACUCUCGAUGUCUCUUCAGUGGUUCUAAAGGUGAGGUCUGCUGUGUUGAACCAUUGCGUGCUCCUCCAGACUUCAGAGACCAUCCCAUCACACACUACUCUCUGCUGGCUAUGGCCUCUCUCACUAAGAUUCUGGUCAUUGGACUAAAGCCCUCGCUGAAAGUCUGGAUGACUUUCCCAUACAGCAAGUCCGAUCCAUCCAGUGUUCCCCAGCUGGCUUGGCAGUUUGUUCCUGUUCAGAAGACGGUCAACCCUAUCCUGGCUUUUUGUAAAGGAGAUACAGUCUACUUCCUCUUGGUAAGGAAGGAGGAGACGGGGACCAUCCAUGUCAUCAAACAAAAACAACUCCACCUCAGCUGUGACAUCAUUAGCCUGAGUUGGAUUAACAGUCGUACGCUGGUCCUGGUAGACAGCCAUGAAAAGCUGCAGGUUGUGGACCGGCCCAGUCAGGAAGUAUUGGAGACUCUGGAUUUGGAGCAAGUGCAACUGGUCUAUAACAGCCGACAUUUCAAAUCGCUGGCAACUGGAGGGAAUGUCUCACAGGCUCUGGCUUUAGUUGGAGAAAAGGCCUGCUAUCAAUCAGUCUCAAGCUACGCAGGACAACUUGUCUAUUUGGGUACCAAGUCGGCUCACAUUAUGGCUCUAAGGAAUUGGAGAGAGCGUAUAGACUGUUUGCUGAAGCAGGAACAUUUUGUUGAGGCUCUCUCUCUGGCCUGGUCCUUCCACGAGGGAACUGCUAAGGCUGUGGUUGGCUUGUUUGGGGAGCCAGCAAAAAGAAAGGGAGUGGUGGGUGACAAGAUGGUAGAGAUCCUGUUCCAGUUUGCAGAGCAUGCUUUGAAGAAGUGUCCAGAACAAGGCAAGAUCCAAGUGAUGGAGCAACAUUUCCACGAUGUGGUUCCAGUCCUGGUGGACUACUGCCUGCUGCUAAAGAGGACCGACCUGAUGUUUAACCAGCUGUAUUCUCGGCUGGGAAACAUGGUAGCUAAGGGUGUCUUUCUAGAGUCAUUGGAGUGUACAUUGUUGCGGAAGCUCGGUCACCUCACCACGCCCGUCAUGAAGGACCUCCCUUUCCUACAUGGCAAUGGCAUGAUGGACAGCCUGAGAUGCAUUGUCCAUCUGGAUGUGACCAGCCUGGACAUACAACAGGUGGUUCAAGUGUGUUGGGAGAACCAACUCUAUGAUGCAAUGAUCUACGUUUUCAACAGCAGUAUGAAUGACUACAUUACACCGAUGGAGAAACUCUUUGCAGUGAUUGGCCCACCACUUAGAGCUGGGAGGGGUCUAACAGAUGAGGAAGUGGUGAUGGGAAACAAACUUUUGGUGUACAUAAGUGUGUGUGUGUGUGGAAGGGCAUAUCCACUAGGAAACAUCCCUGAAGACCUUGUGGUUCAAGUCAAGAACCAGGUGUUUGAGUUCCUUAUCCGUCUUCAUUCAGCCGAUUCGUUAGAGGAGGAGGAUGUUUUCCCGUAUAUUCGUACACUCCUCCACUUUGAUACCCGGGAGUUCCUUAAUGUCCUUGCCAUGACAUUUGAAGACUUUAAGAAUGAUAAGCAGGCCCUUGAGUACCAGCAGAGGAUAGUGGACAUCCUACUUCAGGUGAUGGUGGACAACCCAGACUUCACUCCAUCCCAGGUGGGCGGGCUCUUCACCUUUUUGGCCCGCCAGUUGGCCAAGCCAGACAACACACUUUUUGUGAACAGAAAGCUCUUUGAUCAGGUUCUGGAGUUCCUGUGUUGCCCAGACGAUGACUCCCGACAUACUGAGAGGCAGCAGGUUCUGCUGGAGCUGCUGCAGGUUGGCGGUGUGGUACAGUUUAAUGAAGAAAGGCUGUUGGCUUUGGCAGAGAAAGCUAAGUUCUACCAAAUCUGUGAAUUUCUUUAUGAGAAGAAACAUCUGUAUGACAGGAUCAUUGACUGCUAUCUGAGAGACCCCCUCAGAAAGGGGGAAAUCUUCAGCUACAUCCACAAUCUGAUGUCCAUGCCUGGCUACAGCCCGGAGGAGAAACAGAUAGUCAAGGACAAAGGACUGCAACACAUACAGGAGCUUGUGAUCCUUGAUCCCAGCAAGUCAGCUGACCUAGUUGUGUUUCACUAUGCUAAAGAGGUGCAGCAAAUCAUCUCUGAGCUUCAGGAUGACCAGCUACUUUUCAAGUUCCUCAACUGCCUCCUGGAGCCACGGGAAGGCCAUCAUUCAGGGACCAACCUGGCUCUGGAACGUGACCUCCAUGAGCUUCUGCUAGGCUUACAGUGCCGCUUUGCCCCCCAGCAACUCCUGAGCUUCCUGCAGACCUCCCAGCACUACAGACUGGAGGAGGCCAUACAAAUAACACAGAAGUACCACCACAAUGAGGCUACAGCCUAUCUGCUGGAGAAGAAAGGAGAUGUUCAUGGAGCUUUUGCUGUUUUGUUAGAGACAUUGAAGGAAAAACUAAAUCUCCUUACUGCUGAGGGUGACAGAGGAGUUGAACGAGAUGGAAGACCAGAUAAAGAGGAGAACGACAGUGAAUCAACACUGAUGAGAGUAACGGAUUCACUGAAUAACAUCAUUGCCUUGUGUCAUCGAAGCUCUGACAACCUAUACCAGCAACAAAGAGAGGUUCUAUGGUUUCCAUUGCUGGAGACAAUGAUGACUUCUCAAAAACUAGUAAAGGGGCUCAAUGCCGAACAUACAUUUGAAGUGCUGAAGGAGCUGACGAUGAAGGUUCUCAACUGCAUGAGCAGCUUUAUUUCUCUGCCUGCCAUCAUCCAACGAAUACUGCAGGACCCAGUCUAUGGGAAAGGAAAGCUGGCAGAGAUCCAAGGCCUUAUUCUGGGUAUGCUGGACACUUUUAACUAUGAACAGACUUUACUUGAAACCACCACCAGUCUGUUGAACCAUGACCUCCACUGGUCCCUGGCUCACCUGCGUGCUGCUGUCUCAAGGGGACUUCACCCACGACAAGACCACUGUAACAUCUGCCUCCAGCUUUACAAGAGGAGGCAGGACUCAGCUGAGGAGAUCAUUGUUUUCAGCUGUGGCCACCUGUACCACUUACACUGCCUGCAGCAGAAGGACUCUGGGUGGGGCUUUAGUUCAGAGGUGCAACAGCGGUGGCGCUGCUACAAGUGUUCCUCCAGCCAAGGAGGAAGGGGCGGGCUUUCCACUGAGACAAAAAGAGGCCGCAGCACGUCCCUGGCACAGACUCGUGUAACAUCAGUGUAUCAUGACGCAGGAGCAGAGGCUCACAGGAAGAAGGUGGUUGUUGACGCAACAUUAGACCUUCAGCAGGAACAGUCCUGGGAUCAGCUACGCUGUUUAUACCGAGGACCAUCCAGGUUGUCCAUCCUUUCAGAACUUGCCCACUGCCAUAGCAAUGACAAGACAGGGCUUCUAAUUCCAGGUCAACCAGGAACAGAGAUUUUCCAACUGAAACUCUCUCCUCCACCCUUGUUGGAAGAGUAGCACCAUAACUGGUUGUGGAUCCAUGUUUUCUUCAUUGGUCCAGACUUAAGUCAAUGGGAUUGGUUAAAGUCAUUGCCAUAACUAUUCUACAUCAGUGUCGGCUGUAGAAUUUCCACUGUUUUUGUUGUUGUGACAGUUGAUGUUGUAUGUCUUUCAAAACAAAUGGUUUAAUAUUGAUAAUAUUUAGUAAUCUAAUUCUACUGACUGUAACUUUAAUUUUAUCCAUUGUUAAUGUACUACAGUUGGCUGAACAAUGUAGCUUGGUUUGCAUGUUGGUUCUGGGAUGUCAAAAGGUGGAUCCUAACAUAACUGCAAAGGAUGUUAGGGAAAUGAUACUAAAUGUUAGUAAAAGUAAAAGACGCAAGAUACUUUUGCCUCUUUUUUAGGGAUGUUAAUAUGUUAGAUUACACUUUACUUCAAGGGAUCUACAUAAAAGUGACAUGACACGUGUCAAAACCUAAACAAGUCAUACACGGUUAUGACAUAACCUUUUAGUAAGUGUCAUUCGGUUUUGUCAUGACAAAUUAUGAUUAGGGUUCAUGUGUCAUGACAGUGUCAUGUGUUCAUUACAAUGUCCUGUCACUUUUAUGUGGAAAACAAGUACAGUGUUACCAUAUGUUAAUAUUAAUGACAAAUGACCUUUGUUGCCCAAAUCCAAAACUGAACAAGCAUAAACUGCUAAAUUAAUUUUCAGAGGUUUUACCUUUUGUUGAUGUUAGUGGUAUGUGCUAGGGUUAACGAUAUUGUGUUUUAGCAUCGACAUCGCGAUGUGUGCAUGCGUGAUAGUGACAUCGCAGGACGCUGCUUGACAGAAAAGUAAACUUCCACUGUUAACCUUUU